AUGCCACUCACUCUUUUCCCGAUCGCCCCGACCUCCACCACAAUAUGUCUUGGGCCGAUAAACAACGGCGGCGCCCCAGAGCACGAAUUCCAUUUGCGUAGAGACAAGUUCGAAAUCAGCAUCACUCGACAUGUCCUAGGACGCCAGGGCCAGCAAGGCUACGAACCAUACCCUCCUGUACCUCGCCAUGCCUUGUGCCUCAUGAACGCAUCGAAUCCGAACGAAUGGAUCAUUCCCGCUGAGUUUGUAGCAAGGCAUGGGGCGAGGCUGAAGUGGAGUUACGGGGAGGUGCGGAUCAUCCCCCACUGGAUCGCACGAAAAGCCGGCACGGACAUCAAGGAGUAUUUGCAAGAAGUUGCGGUGAACAGCGUCCUCGUUGGAGAUGAAGGUACCAUCCUUCAAACGCACGAUGUGAUUCAGUUCGGAACCGCAGGCUCCUCCGACUCGCCCUGGGCAAGGUGGAGGGUCACGCAUCUCUAUCAGCACGACCACCGCAUCCGAGGCGACUGUGGUCUUUGGGCUCUUCUCCUCUGCGCGGCUUUCUGGCUCCUCACCCCUUUCUCACUGAUGCGGCUUUAUGAGUGGUUCAAGGAGGUGGCCACGCUGUACGAGCAGCCGCUGCCCGUGGAGGACAUCUUGUGGCAGUCUUUCCUUCGCCGUCUUCGCUAG